AUGGAUAUAGAUGAAAACGAAGAAAAUUCUUAUCAUGAUACUGAAGAAACAAAUAACAAUGAAGAUAAUUCAAAUGAAGUACCCUCAAACAAGAAAGAAGUAUGGGUCAAAAUAGAAUCAAAAAAACGAUAUGAAGUUUCAAUAUUGGCAGAGAAUUUGCCUGGAAAAAAACCUGAUGAAAAAAUUAAAAAUGCAUAUCACAUUAUUGAUGAUGCAAGUAAUAUAAUUGGUGUUAAGUACAUUUUCAUUGCUGGAAAGAAGAGAGUAGUUGCUACUUUCAAGAACAAAGAAUCUGCAGAUAAAGCUUGUUUAAAAAAUAUAUCAGAAAACAAUGAUUACAAGUUUGAAAAAAUAAUUAAAAGAAACGAAAAUUUAGAUUGGCAACAGAGAACUAUCAAAAUUAUGGAUAUCCCUUUAAAUGCAAAAAAGGACAUAAUUAAAAAUAUUUUUAACAAAUUUGGAGAAGUUGAGACAAUUUCUAUGAGACCUAGUGGAAUGUGGUAUACUGCGUUAAUAACAUUUAAAAGUGAAAAUACAAUAACUGAACUACAGAAUACAUGGUCAGUUUCAUAUUUUAAAGAUAGUAUGAGAAUCUAUCCAUAUAAAGAUUAUCAAAAUUUUUAUCAGCAGAGGAACUGUCAUGUUCUUAAACUGACUAAUAUUCCUUUUGGUACUACAUCUUAUGAUCUCGAAGACGUUAUCACUGCUGUUGGUGGAAAAACUUGUUUUCUUGCCAGAAACAAAAACUCAUAUAUCAGAACAAGAAUUGCUUACGUAGCAUUUGAAAAUGAGGAAUUGAUGACCAAUGCAAUGCACACAAAUUAUGCACUAAGAGAAAAAGAGCUAUUUUGGACUACUAUAAAUACUAAAACAUGCCAUAUUUGUGGAUCCCCAGAACAUCUUGCUGUUAAAUGUGAGGAAAAAGCAGACAGAGAAGAAAAACAGAUGAAAAAACAAAAAUUUAAUGAAUGUGUUAAACAAAAACAACUUGAGGUUUCAAACCAAAUGGGAAAAAUAGAAGACAAGUUAAAUCAAAUAACAUCCAUGCUAAUACCUAAUCAUCAAGAAGACGAAAU